GAAGAAACAAAUAGCAUUAUAAAAGCCAUCAAUGCUAUAUAUUUUAAGCAUAUUGAAGGCUAUACUAACGGUCGUUAUGAAAAAACAAGUAAAUUUAAGAGUGAAAAUGGAACAAAUAAUUAUACCAAUAAAUAA